AUGGCCCCAACUAAUCCUACGUUCCCGUCUGCCAACCGCCCUCUGGCUAUUAAGGAAAUAGUUGGUGAGGCAGAGGGCUUUAAAUGGGAUCCUGCUAUACCGCUGAAGUUUUGGCUGCGCACUGCCAACACACUAUUCCUAGAGGGUAGAAGCUAUCUGAGUGAUGGUAAUUUCGCUCAAGCCUACCUCAUCUAUAUGCGAUAUUUAGAUCUCGUUACGAAGAAACUGCCUAAACACCCCAGCGCUAAAGCUCCCGAGGAAAAAAGGGCCCUCAACGAAUUAUACAAGUCCCUUGGGGAUGUUAUGUCUAAUCUCGAGAAGAUUAAACCAAUUAUCGAACAGGAUUAUAACGCGUGGCAAGAACGGUCUAAGAAACAGGGCCGCCAAAAGCAGGAGGCUAGUCAUCCCAAGUCUAAGCCGCCAUUGACCUACGAAGAGCGCGCAUCCCGAGACCCUGCCUUAUCUUCUACGCAUCGAUUGCUCAAUGCCGGUGACUAUCAGGAUCUUGCAGUUGAGCUGGCCGAGAGGGAGUUUCGCCGUAGGGAUACAAAUAGGGGUGCGGCUAGAAAUACCGGCGUAUCGCACGAGGAAGAUACACGCGGUGCGGGCUUCUGGAACAACUGGACGACCGAGCUAGCUGAUAAACAAGCUGAAGAUGAAGAACUUUUCAGAAGGCAGAUGGAGUCAAUGAGAAAGACAUUAGAUGGAGAUGAGAGUGGCUACACGAACAAUAUUCCACGAAAACAUUCGCGCCCUUCAUCAAUAGCAAGUCCUUCAACAAGCUAUCGAUACCCAUCUAUCUCUCCAUCUCAGCCUAUUCAGUACGAGGCCGAGCACACCCAUGCCAGAAAACCGUCAACUCCUCAACCUCUCCGACCACCCAAAGAAGAGAUCUUUCGUCGGCCUGAAACUAGUCCGAGCCAUACUCCUGCACCAGAGCUGCCUACUAAGAUACAUGCAUCCCCCGAAAGGACGCUCCCAACACCCGAGACAUCUCAAGAACUCCCUACCCUCCCACCUAAGAUACGCGAAGAGUCUCCUGUGCCCCAGAAGGAACAGCAACGCCUUACAUUUAAACCAGCAGCCUACCUCGAGAGUGGCGAACCACUCCGCUCCGUUUUCUUACCCAGUCAAUUACGCAGCCGAUUUUUGUCAAUCGCUGCAGAAAACACCCGGCGUGGUCUCGAGAUGUGCGGUAUCCUCUGCGGAACUGCUGUUAAGAACGCCUUAUUCGUGCGUUGUCUAUUGAUCCCUGAACAAACCAGCACUUCGGACACGUGCGAGACAGAAAAUGAAAACACCAUGCUGGAGUACUGUAUGGAUAAUGACCUAAUAAUAUUAGGUUGGAUUCACACGCACCCAACCCAGACCUGCUUCAUGAGUUCUAGGGACCUGCAUACCCAAUCUGGCUAUCAGAUCAUGAUGCCGGAGAGCAUAGCUAUCGUCUGUGCUCCGAGCUUUAAGCCCUCUUAUGGCAUAUUCCGCCUCACCAAACCUCCUGGUUUAGACUACAUCCUUGGUUGCACACAGACCAGCACUUUCCACCCACAUGCUAUGGAUAACCUCUAUACGAAGGCGCAGUCCCCACCGGGUCACGUUUACGAGACUGACAAGCUGGAGUUCGACGUACAUGAUCUUCGACCGGGCGGCCGCAACAGCAACAGCACCGUGCAGCACAAGAACUUUUAG